GCAGGGCUCCGCCCCUCAGCCACUUUCACCAAACUCUAAAGAAGAAAAGGAUACGACAGAAGCAGGAAGAAGAAGAAAACAUCGGUAUCACAAUGGCUGCGACCAAGAGGCUAGUCAAGGAGCUCGAGGACCUUCGCAAAUCUGGGAUGAAGCAAUUCCGCAACAUUAUAGUGGAUGAGUCAAAUCUUUUGCUCUGGCAGGGCCUUAUUGUUCCUGACUGUGCUCCAUAUGACAAAGGAGCUUUUCGGAUUGAGAUUGUCUUCCCCGGCGAGUACCCCUUCAAGCCUCCCAAGAUCACCUUUAAGACAAAAAUCUAUCAUCCCAACAUUGACGAGAAGGGCCAAGUUUGCCUGCCCAUCAUCAGCGUGGAGAACUGGAAGCCGGCCACAAGGACCUGCCAAGUGAUUCAGUGUCUGAUCGCUCUGGUGAACAUCCCUCAGCCUGAGCAUCCGCUGAGGGCCGACCUGGCAGAGGAAUACGCAAAAGAUCGCACCAAGUUCAUGAAGAACGCAGAAGAGUUCACAAAGAAACACAGUGAAAAGCGACCUGUGGACUGACAACACAACACUGACCUGCCACCGGCCUCCUCUCUGUUCCUGUUCCAGCCUCUCUCUGUUCUUCCCCCACGACAUUCACAGAGAUGUACCUGCAUUGUUUAGCACUCUCCAGCCACUCCUCCUUAAUAGAGGCUUGUGUUUCUGUUUCACUUUGCCAAAAAAAAAGCAGGACUUUUUGGUGAAUAGGCAGGCUCCGGCCUCUAGGUGUCACCUUUUGGUUCUUAUUGACUUCUUUCUACUGAUUUCUUUUUAUAAAAAGAAUAAGAAAAUUGUCAGAGGUGGCAUCCUGGAAAGUCAAAUCAGAGAAUUAAAAGUGCUGUUCUGCUUACUUAUAAAUGUUGAAUGUUUUCUCGGAUUAAUCAUUGGCUUAUGCAGACCUGUUUACACAUUUUUAGGCUUUGUUUGAAAAUGAGCAGCAUCUGAUGCUGGUAUUUGAAUCUGUUGCCCCCUCCCUUUGUUUUUUCUUUAGUGUCUUUAGCUCUGCAGAUACACUGUACUCUGAGGUCAUGUGUUUCAGUACGUACAAAUUAAAGUUUGUUACUGAUGCUGAAUCUAAAUGUAAGCAAUGAAGUUUAUGAAAAGGCAUCAACAUUACAAGUCAUUCGAAUUGUUUUUGUAUUUUGAAAAAAAAAAUUACAUUUAAUUAAAAUUCUUCCACCUCU